GAAAACAAACAACUCUGAAUCCAAAUACUUCAUUCCUUGUCAGUUAAGCAAACUUACAACACUAAACCCCCUGAAGUGGCCAGAAGGAGAAUGAAGAUUGGCCUCGUUGCUGUCCUGGUUGUGGCAGCAGCAACCCUCUGGGCCGGUGCGGCGGCGCAAUCGAGCUUGGACUGUACCAACGUGCUCAUCAGCAUGUCCCCGUGCCUCAACUACAUCCGUGGAAACUCGUCCACCCCGUCCUCCAACUGCUGCUCACAGCUCGCCAGCAUCGUCCGGUCACAGCCCCAGUGCCUCUGCCAGGUCCUCAAUGGGGGCGCCUCCUCCCUUGGCAUCACCAUUAAUCAGACCCAGGCCAUGGCCCUUCCUGGCGCCUGCAACGUUCAGACCCCAUCUGUCAGCCUCUGCAAUGCUGCUCCUCCUACUCGAACUCCUCCCACAGUUCCUUCAGGGAGUACAGAUCACCAACCGUACGCCUGAACAGAAAAAAUCAUUGGACAAAGAUGGACAAGAUAAAGAAAUAAAAGCCCCCUUCAGACGGAAUCAGAAAUCAUUUUGUUAGUUGAAAGAAUCAAACGUUGCCUCAAACUCAGCCCAACCCAGCCCAACCCUAUCAUGCUGAGAUUCCAACAGGUUUUUACAGUAUUAAGACCAUAAUCAUGAUAAAGCUUCCUGGGGAGAGCUUGAAUCAAAGAUUGAGAGCAUUACUCAACCUUCUGUAAAUGUUUGCCGGGCACUGAAUCUUCAACCAUUCAGGAUGUAGCAUGACAACACAUCGAAAACUUUCAGU